AUGAUAGCGGCGAUCCGACUCUCUACUCUCACAGUGAGAACUGCAUCAACGCUUAACAAGCCCUGGGGUCUACCCUACAGUACCAACCAUCAUCAGCUGAACGCUGCGAAGAAGGUUUAUUCUACCGAGUCUGCCUUCAUCAAAAGCCGUCCCCGUCCCAUCCUUACCCAAGUUGCACAGACUAAAAGCUGGUCCUGGAAGGCUUCCGGCUUCUCUAACAAUAUAGAGGCUUUUCACACGACAGCAGCAAGCGUUCACUCUCCUCCAGGCAACCUUGAGCCCCUCUCGAAGAAAGUCAAACUACGUCCGCGGCUCCCUGGAGGCUGGGCGCCGCCAAACAUACCUCACCUACGAUGGUGUUUUGAGAAGUUUCCGAACGAAGACUACGGACUGCAACCCGCCGCAGGACUUUUGAUAUGCAAGGAUCGCAACGAAUGGCUCAUAGAGUGCGGUCAUUGGAAGUUCUUCUACUGGAAUAGUAACACCGGCCUUAUCUGGCGGAUUAGAAGCCCUCGUCGAUUGACAAACGUCGUGAAAAAGCUAAACGAAGUCAGCCCUGAUAGACCUAGUGUUGCCAAAGAUCUUGACACUUCCCUUGUCACGCGUCCUCACGACCCGGCUUCUGAGUUUGCAAAGGACUGUUGCCAAAAGUGUUCAGAGCUCCUCGAUGAUGAUAAGGAUCUAGUGGACAGGAUCGAGAGGACAUUGCACAAGGUCAAUUCUGGAAGGACCUUUCUUUCCCCAGGGGAAGACAUUGAAGCUGAAGAUGAGCAUAGCUUGCGUCGACUGGGCGAAAUGAUGGACUGGGGUGAUUAUGAUAGCCGCAUCUCGAAAGCGAUUGAUGGGCCAACUGCGUAUUGA